AUGGACCGCGAGUUCGAGGAAUACGAGAACGCCAUCAUCGCGCAGUCCGUGAGCGCAGAGGCGGCCUCGUACGCCUGGUAUCUCGCGCGGGCGUGCAAGGAGCCCUGCCCCGGGCAGCGAAGCGCGUGGGACGGCCCCGACGUCGAUGCUGCCGUGGCUCCGUGGUCGGUGCUACUCUCGGCGGCGUCUCCGCUCGGCGCGCACUGCAUGGUGCGGCUGCGUGGCACCUGCAUCGCGCUGCGCGGCGGCGUCAACACGCCCUCCUUCCUCGAGCGCAUGCUGGAGUCGGCCGGCUGCUGCGGCGACCUGCGGCGCACCCGUGCCUCCGUCCGCGUCUCGCCUUGGCGAGAGCUCGACGUGGUCGGCCUGUUCAGCUUGUGGGCGAGGGUGAAGCGGCAGCGCGACCUGCUCGAGGCGCUCGGCCGCGCGGGCGGCGUGGUGGCGGGCGGCUUCGCGCUGCAGCGCUUGCUGCUGAUCAGCGAGGGGGCUGCGCUCGGCGCGUGA